AUGAAUAUUAGCAACACGUAUCAGGCUGUGAGUCUGGAUACCACAUUUUACAUCAUAGACGCUCGGAAUGACGGUCGACUUAUAGGUUGUAUCACUGUGGAGGCUACUCCGGUCAUGGCCAGCUAUGUGUGGUAUGUGCUGGUGUUUGCAGUACUAGCGACUUUAAUUGGUUUAGCGAUAGUUUAUGUGCUAGCAUCAUGGCUCAAUCCAUGGACAGGAACGAAAAACAUUCUUAUUUGGAGCAGUAAUUACGGAUACGAUGCGAAUGCCAUUCGAUUAAUCACACCUGGUUUGGGUGAUUUUUUGAGAUAUUUGCAGUUUGCAUUCUUUCUUGGGUGUCUGAAUCUGGAGUACCCAGGAUUUUUUCGACCGUUGCUAGCUACUGCGUCAUGGAGUUGUUUGCUAUUUCAUUACAGUUUUGCCUCGUCAAAGAUAGAGAACUUUUCUGGUAAUAUUUAUAUCGAUGAGGGCCACUAUGGCAUGAGUAAAAUGGCACGAGACGUACAGUUGGCCCAUGACAGGGAUAUUUGGCCUAGUUUCAUAAUUUGGAUGUUGAUUUUACUAGGACUCGUCUUGGCACUGGCAGUAUUUGUAUAUUUAUUAACUAGUAGGUGGCAUCGUUCCAUGGGCAGCCUAGGAACGCGGUCUGGAUUCCGUAUUGACUGGCGUAGAGGGGCAUUUUUCGUAGCAGGUAUUGUAGUUCGACUUGUGCUACUAUUUUUUGCACUACCUUUACUGGCCACGUCGUUUUUCCAAAUGCUACUUGUACACCACUCGCCAGUUGUAUCAGAUGUGUUUGCACUGGUUUUGAUCAUUAUCUGGGUUUGCAGUGCUGUAUGGAUCACCUACAAAAUGCAUAUAAUGUCGAAGCAGGUCAUGGAGUUUACUGACGAUUUGCCGACGCUGUUAGUGUACGGACCAUUGUUUAACAGUUUCAAAGACACCCAUGUCAUGUACUUUGCAGUGGAUCUCGUAGUGGUAUUUAUGCAGGGACUGACAUUUGGAGCUAUCCAGGAGUCCGGAAUCGCGCAGAUUACAUUACUAGCGGUCAUCGAAGUGAUUCGGUUUAUCAGCGUGGUUCAUUAUAAACCGUUUAAGAGCGGUACUAGCAUGACAAUGGUGACGAGUUUAUUCUCCGCUACACGAAUCGUGAUAAUAUUUUUGCUAGUACCAUUUGCAAAGUCACUUCAUACCGAUGAGACGGUGCGAGGAUGGGUUGCGUAUGUGAUACUAAUUAUCCAUGCAGUGAUUUUGUUAUUAUUUAUUGUACAUAUUGCUCAAGCGUUGUUUGAGUUGUUUGCAAGGUUGGGAGGUGCUGGCAAGGACGAUGAGGGAACCAUUUCCGAAGGUCCUCUUAUGGCCGAGCGAUACACAGGACCUCCUGUCUAUGGUUUGAAGCAAUUGCAACAUGAUGGCGAUACUAUUGGCACAGGCGGUAAUGGCAACAGCAAUACAGCCAAUCUCAUAGCUGAUAAGGGAGGGUUGAUUCCUCAAUCACCAACGGAUGUUACAGCUGAUACAGGAUAUCGACGGCCAAGGAGCCAGUACUCGAUCAAUCCUGCUGGAAAUAGUAUGGCAACCAUGAAACCUCGAGAGAGCGUGUUUGAAGAGGUGUUUAUUUCGUCUCCCACUAUGGAAACAUCUCGUAGUGCUACCACUCCGGUGGCAACAGCAUCAACAGCAUCAUCUGCCAACUACUAUAGAAGACCUCGUCGGAGACAGAGUUCUAAUGAUUGGACCAUGGACACCCCAGCAGAGUCGUCAGAAGCGGCGCUUUCUAAUAAUGCCAAUGGACCUAAAGGGUCAAGCAAGACUAACUAUGCUGUGAGAGAAGCCGAUUUGUACAUUACAAAGCGAGCCACGAACUCAUUGUUUGAUGAUGAAAUUGCUGGAGAAGCCGAUGAUGAGUAUAAACCUAGGGAUUCAGAGAGUGUGAACCCACUGGUCUACACUGGCCGAGAUUCGUCGCGUUCGCCUAUGAAGAUGAGUUUGGACACCAGUCGAUACUCGUUGUUAAGAGAGGAUAGCAUUGACGAGACUGGACCAGCGGCAUCAUCAUCAUCGACCAAGCCAGGAAUUUAUGGCUCUGUCAAAGGUAUCAUGGGUAGAGUAGGAGGACGUCUGAAGGACAAUUUCAGUCAUAGCCGUGAUAGCGAUAUCAGUGCUGGCAAAGGAUUUGAAGUUAUUAACAGACAGCCGAUUCGACUUAACAAGCCAGGCUCAAAUAAUGUUGCUACUAUUGGAGAACCCGUUGUUGCUGGACGUCAAAUAAGACAUGUAUCUGUGCCUGUACCGGUACCAGCAUCGACAUCAUCGAGUGCAAAGUCCACAGUCGUAUCUAAUGCCAGUAGCAGUGGCAACGAGGACCCUGGAUUUAUAUUCCCAACACAAGCAUCGAUUGGAGCAGCUGGACCUAGCAAACUACGAGUUGUAACUGACCCUCUGAGCACGAGCACCAGUAAUAGUAUUCGAACUCUGACCAAUCGGAUAAGCACCGACUCGGCAACAACAAGCAGCUCGACUAGCACCAAUGUUGCAACUCCACAUACACUGACCACCUCCCAUGACCCACUCCUUCCUCAAAGGCAACAACCAGCAGUUGUAAUUGCCGGGCCACAACGAGAGUACCAAUUGCCAGCCAGUUUAUCAACCACCUCGCUAGAUACUAUCCGAGCCAGUCGACAUUCUGGAACCACCUCGCCACCAGGCCAGGCUCGAGCCAUUUCGCGACAAUCUCAAGUAUCAGACACAGGUUCAUCAGUAUACCAGUCUAUCUGCGAAGAAGAUAUAGAUGGCGAUGCACAAGCUCUGUAUACACAAGAUGGUAAACCUGACACAACCAGCCCAUGA